UGACUUCUCUGUGCAUCAUCUGGGACUGCAUAAAAUAUGUCCAUUUUGUCCUUUUAUGCUGGGACUUUCGAGGGAGCUAGGUGCCCAAUUACCAUUGAAUUUCUCCUUGCCUCUAACCCUUCUCAAUUCGGUUUGCAAUGUGGACCUCAGCAGAUGUCUGUUCCCAGCUGCAGCCACCUUGGGGAGGUCUGAAAACCUGACUCUUCUAGUUUGCUUGGUCUAUUAUCCGAAAGAACUGAUCUAGGUGUGACGACCUGUCCUGUUCACUGUCUGUGGCAUUGUGGUAGAGAUUGGGGAAGGGCAUUGUUAAAAUUCACUGGCAGUUUCAGGAAUCGCUUUGAGUGGUGAUGGCUUUCAGAAAUAUCCAUUACGUCAGUGUCCUUCUACUGUGAGCGAGACGUAUGGGCCUAAUGCGCCUCUGCCGAGAAUAGAAGUCAGUGUGGAAUUGAGGCCCCUAGAUUUUACACUUAAUGGAUGAGAAUAAAGCCCUUUAUAUGCUGGAGGAUUGCUUCACAGCACCUUUCCUCUGACUGGUGGAGGGGAUGGAUAAGACAAAGAAAGAAUUGACAGACUCGCUGGGGAGGAGCCCCUAUUCUCCUCAUUCCAACAGCCAGGCUCAGGUCUUGGACCCCAGCCCAGGAGCCAGUUUAAGCCCAAUGGAAAGCAUCUACAGGGGGACCAACAGGAAAUACCCAAUGAUUAAACAAAAGGGAUUUUACUCUGAUGUGCUCUAUCCAGGAGCCACAGCUUUCUUGGGGGAUGUGUGCGCUGGUCCCAGUGUGUACAAGGAUUUACUGAGACAGGCUGAUCGUGAGCAGCACACGCCAAAAGUCACAACAUUUGAGACUCCCGAGAACAUUGAAUCUUACCUGGACAAACAAGUGAUUGGACCAACCACUGAGAUCCUGGCCAAGUCAGACUUCCCACUGCAAGCGUUUAAGCCAAAGGUGCAGCUUCCCUUUCAGGGAUUGCCAGGACAGUGCCCUCGGAAGAUUGAGAUAGAGAGGAGAAGACGGCUAUAUCUCAAACUAGAUAUUGCUCAGCUCUUAGCCAAAAAGGGGAUAGAUUCCAAUCAGCUGAUGCCCAGGCACCAAGACCCUGACAAUAUGCCAGCCAUUGAGCAAAAGAGAGAUCCUCUCUUUCCCAUCUACCUCCCACUGCAGAUAUUUGAUGAUGAAGAGUAUGACUGCCGGACUCCAGAAGAGUGGCUCUUGCUGGGGUUGGAGCCAGGAUCUCAAGACAGAAAACCAGUUCCCGGAAAAGCACUUUUACCUACAGAUGAUCAACUGGGACAUGAGGAUCCCAAAAGCCACGAGUUGAUCUAUAAGUGGGUCAGCGUUGGCGUCCUGGAUUACGACAAGGAGACAAAACUGUACUUGGUACAUAAGACAAACAAGAGGGGAAUGGUACGGGAUGAAGAAGGGAGGCCUAUUCUAAAUGGAGGAGUAUCUCCAGAAGGGAGAGCCUCUCUUAUGCCAUGUCAGUACUGGGUGCCACGAGUCCGUCUGCUGUUUCUCGCGGAAGACCCCCAUGUAUUUGCCCAGCGAGUGGUUUCUGCCAAUACCCUGCGUAAGGAAACACAGGCGCUCUUGCGGUACAAUCUGUAUGUGGACUGCAUGCCCGUGGAUGGGCUGAGGAGCAUUGAUGAGAAGAGCCUAGGUAGAAUGAAGCAGCUGGCAAUGAGCACUUCACACCUGAGAAAGGAGAUACGGUGAGUAUCCCAUUGAUUCUUCCCUGGAGGCUAGAAGAGGCUCAUUGAAAGACUCAGAUCAUGGCUGUGCUUUUAGUGUACUGUACUGGAUGUCUGCAUAGUAUGAAUGACUUCCCUGGGGUGCAACCUGGAACUAGGGUAUCGCUGGGGUACCUUUGUCUUACCAACCUGGGCUCCCUCUCACACUGUGCUGCUCUCACACAAGCUGCAGAUCCCUCCAGAUCUGCCCUCACACAAACAUUCACAGGCAGGGACACACCCAACUGUGUUACAUGAGUGCUUUUACCAGCCACCCAUGAACCAAUAAUAGAGAGGCUCCAGCCAGUUCCCCACAGUUCCCCAGCCUAGGACCCCAGAGCUGUACUGUUUUGCCCUGGUCAGAAGCCUGACCAGUGUACGUUUAUUACCCCGUAUGCGCCUCCUUCAAUGUGGAGAGGACAUUGCACCAGCCCCUGUUCUUGAGCAGAUUUCCCUUUGGACUUCAAACAACACACCAUUUUAGGUAAAAAAAUAUAAAACAAAUUUAUUAACUACAGA